UAAAACAAUAUAGCCCUUCGAAAAUUAGACCGCCUUAAACCAAGCCGAAAGGGGCAUUCAAUCAAAUCUUGUCUAAUAGCAAUAGGGCUUUGAAGGUAAAUAGAAUCAUCAUAUCGGCACCGAAGAAUCUUCUACAAUGUCUGAUGAAGCCAACAGAGCCGCGUUUCUGGAGAUUAAAGGUCGCAUGAUUGAAAAUACUGGCAAAUUGAAGCAGGUGCAGAACCAGAUGCGAAAUAAAGAAGGGGAGAAGAAGCGUGCUUACUUAACCUUGGAGGAGCUGCGCCUGUUGCCUGAUAAUACAAAUACAUACAAAUCCAUAGGGAGAACGUUUGUUUUGGAGCCCAAGUCAGCUUUAGUGAAUGAACAAGAGCAGAAAUAUAAGGAUAGUGAAGCUGCAAUUGCAGCAUUACAGGUGUUGAUGUUAGCAAGUUUAUGCCUGAGGCCCCUGUGCACCCACUUCUUGCACCAGCCUCCUCUACUGCUGAGAUCCUGCCUCCUAAUAGUCAGUUUCCUAUUACCAUUUGCAAAGGUGAUGGCAGGCAAUAGUUGAUGAGAUGUCUACUUUACAUGCCAAUGGAACUUAGGAAUUGGUUUCACGACCUCCUAGACACUCUCUUGUUGAUUAUCGGUGGAUUUAUAUUAUUAAGGUUGGUCUGAAUGGUAAUUGAUAGGCUGAAAGAUCGGUUUAUUGUCAAGGGUUACAUUCAGACAUACGACCUUGACUAUUAUGAAACAUUUUUUCCUAUGGCUAAGAUGUUGUUUGUUUUUCUAUUUCUGUCUAUGGUUGCUAUUCGACAAUGGUUGCUACAUCAGGUGGACAUCAAGAAUGUUUUUCUUCAUGGUAAACAGUAGGAGGAGAUUUAUAUGGAGCAACCACCUGACUUUGUUGCUCAAGGGCAGUCUAGCUUGGUAUGUAAACUUCGCCGUUCUUUGUAUGGCUUGAAACAGUAUCCUUGUGCCUUGUUUGGUCAGUUUAGCACAGUUAUUCAAGAGUUCGACAUGCUUUGAAGCAAGUCUGAUCAUUCUAUAUUCUAUAGACAUACAUUACAAAGACAAUGCAUCUAUUUGGUUGUUUAUGUUGAUGAUAUUGUUAUAACAGGAAGUGAUCAGGACAACAUUGAGUAGUUAAAGAAACAUCUAUUCAAACAUUUUCAGACUAAGGAUCUAGACCACUUAAGUGUUUUCUUGGCAUUGAAGUCGAACAGUCUAAAUCUAAAAUUAUUAUUUCUCAAAGGAAAUAUGCUUUGGAUAUUCUCAAAGAAACAAAGAUGUUAGAUUGCAAACUUAUAGACUCUCCCAUGGAUCCUAAUACUAAGCUCUUACCUGAACAAAGGGAGCCCCUUGCAGACCGUAGGAGAUAUCAAAGAUUGGUUGGUAAAUUCAAUUAUCUGACCAUUACAUGACCUGAUUUUUCGUUUUCAAUUAGUUUUUCCAGUCUCCAUGUGAUCACCAUUGGGAUGUUGUUGUUUAGAUUCUACGAUACAUCAAGGAAGCCCCAGGAAAAGGUCUACUUUAUGAGAAUAAGGGUCAUACACAAGUUUUUAGAUAUUCAUAUGCUGAUUGGACAAGUUCCCCAUCAGAUAGACUCUUUACUUCUGGGUAUUGUGUUCUUGUUGGAGGAAACCUUAUAUCAUGGAAGAGUAAGAAGCAAGAUGUUGUGCUCAGAUCAAGUGUAGAAGUAGAGUAUUGUGCUAUAGGCUUAGUUACUUGUGAGCUUAUCUAGUUGAAACAGUUGAUUCAAGAGUUGAAGUUUGCAGAUAUAUCACAAAUGUCAUUACUUUGUGAUAAUUAGGUUACAUUUCACAUUUUCUCCAAUCCUGUAUUCCAUGAAAGAACGAAGCACAUCGAAAUUGACUGUCAUUUUGUGCAUGAGAAGAUUUUGUCCAGUAGCAUUACCACAAGUCAUGUCAGUUCAAAUGUCCAACUUACUAACAUUCUCACUAAAUCUCUCCGAGGUUGUCAGAUUAAUUAUAUUUGUAGCAAGCUUGAUGCAUAUAAGUUAUAUGCUUCAACUUAAAGGAGAGUGUUGAAACGUAUCUUGUAAAAUAAGAAAUUUAUCUUGUUAAAAAGGAAAACUUAGAUGUCUUUCCUAAUGUAGUUAGGUAUAGUUAGUUUCUUUCCUAAAUUAGUUAGAUAUACUCUUGUAUGUAACGUUGGAUUUUCUUGGAAUCAAUACAAUGAAAAAUUUAUCAACCAUCUCUGUUCACACAUUAUAACAAGUUUGGAUUUUGGACAAAUCCAUGUUUUUAAAUGUGUGUAAACAAUCAGCUCUUAUAUAUGGCUCAAUCACUUAAGGAAAAGAAGGAUAAUAUAGGCUACCACAACUAAUUAAACAUGAAAUCUCUUAGUAAGAACAGCAAUGAAUUUUGUAUUUUCCAUUGAUGGGAUGUGAAAUUGUAUAUAUAUUGGAAGGUGGUUUGAUUUAGGCUUUAAAAAGAAUAUUUUUCCUUCCAUGAAAGAGUUCAUGUGGUAAUUUGUAAAACAUUGAACUUGCUAUUGGCAUGGAUUUAGAUUAUUUACUGCCAUGAAGAUCAGCUAGAAUUAAAUUUGUAAAUGGUACUGACUGACAUAGUCUCUAUGUGGCUUGGUUUACGUUUGUCAUGCUCACAUGAUUUAAUCUAGUAAAUUCUCAUAGUAUCAUAAUUUUGGGCUCUGGUAAUGAGUGAAAUGACAUCAUUGGAAAUGGAAGUUUAUUAUAGAAAGUGUCUCACCUAGUCCCCUUCGUAACUCUUGUUUUGUCAGGGGUCAGGAAACUAAUCAUUUCUAAGGAUGACGAGAUUAAAUAUUGUUGUCUCUUAUCAUUAUUUGGAAUUUAAUCUGGAAGAAAAAAGAAUUAUAUGUUUGUUCCUUUUCAUAUCACUUGUUGAAUGGUCAAGUUUUGUGAGCUUUGAGGGAUUGUGCAUCCUUUCCUCUCAUUUUCCUGCCAACCAAAUAGGGGAUUUGAACUCCAUUCUAUUAUUUUUCUUUUGACUGUGCUCCUGCUAAAACGUUAUAAGUUGAUAUCUUUUCAUUGAGCAGGCCUCAAAGGAAUACUUAGAGAAGCAAAAA